AAACCUAUAAGCUGCAGUCCGGAGCACACGGCACGUUUUAUAGAUUGAAAUAAAAAAAAUUCAGCUAAAGUGUAGAACAUAAGAGCCACGUCAAAGCCAGGAGACGUGCAGGAAUACGUGCUCUGCUGGAGGAGCGCGCAGGGCUGGAAGCUGCUGUCCUCACAGCACCACACAAAGUUGAUCUGAGGUUCCUGUUAGCAGAGGAGCCUAUCCACUGCUCUUUGUCACCUUUUAGAAUUUCAUUUUAACGUAAGCAGUUUUACAGCUGUGCUAUCCUGCGUUUUCGAUUAUUAUUAAGCUUAAUAAGAAAAAAAACUUUAGGUAUAGAAAUGGUUCAGCUUGGAUUAAAAAGUAGAAUAGUACAUUCUGUUGUGUAGUACUCGCCAACUACACUGCUCGAAAAUGUCUAAUACCUUUUUUAAUAAGACGAAAUGUGGCUGGUCUGGACUACUUGUUGCUUUAUUAAAGUUUUAUUGUUAUGAGGCCAACAGAUGGUUGUUAAAAAGCAGGUACUAUGAAAUAAAACUAACUUAAAACUAUUAUGAGGGCCCAGAAAUUUAGAUUAUAUAGAGAAAUGCUGUUUUUAUCCUUUGUGGUCAGACACUUUGAAAUAACUAAUUGACUGUUGGAAUUAUUUUCGUGUAACUUUCCCUGUUUUCGAAUGUGGCACCCCAGUAAAAAUUCAAGUUUUGACAAUAACUGGUCUGAACACACAAUAGCCAGUCUCUCAUUAUUGGAGCGAGGCAGGAUUCCUAGUGAAAUAAAAGACGGUAGAUGGGCUCAGAUUGUUUUGUGCUUUGCUCGGGUCUGGAUUUAUCACUUGACUUUUAACAGAUGAUUAGUAUUACACGCUAACCUGUAGAUUUUGUCAAAUGAAGAGAUUUAAAGAAGGGGGUCUUAUGAGAAAACGCCUGAAGUUAAAGAGGCAGCAGUAUCUGGGAGUAUCGCGGCACAUUUCAAAGCAUUUUCUCCACGAUAUUUGAAAACGGCGUCACGCAGUGAACGCCUGCGUGUCCCUUUUAAAACAAACCCAGCGCCUGUCAAUCACGGCGCAUUCCAACCAAUCCCAAAGCUCCCUUUUUAAAAGCAGGUUUGCCUGCUGUGCUUUUAUAUUGCACCAUGGCCUGUUUCGAAGCAUUUUUACUACCACGGUUAUUGCCACAAAUCAAGAGGGCAAAGUGAACGGCAUGGGACUCACACCAACUUUAACGAAAUUGAGUGUGGUUCGUACUUCUGCGAAGUUCACGGCCAAGAAUUUCACGUGCAGAUGAUAUACAACAAGGGAAAUGGAAACAGAAUUUCUAGGUGUGUCCUGAGUGCUGAAUUGGUUUGAUUUUGCAAACUCAUAGCCAAACUCACAACAAAACAUGACAAGCCUUGCGAGGUUUAGUGGCUGCCCUCUGUCUUGCGUCAGCCCCGGGGAGAGCAAUACUGAACCCAGCGUGGUGCUGCCACCUUUGGCAGGAGAGCACAUGGGACACCCCACUGGCAGUUCCUUAAAACUCUGCCCCUCGCACAAUUUCAGAGACUAUCCCGAGACGAGGUCCAGUGCAUAUGUUGACCAUUCGCUUCCCAAUUUUUCAGACUCUGGAUACCCCAGCCAUCGGUUAGAGCACAGCCCUAGGGGCAUUAUCAUUGGAGCCAAUCUUUCUGGAGCCGGCAUGCCACCCGUCACUGAUCAACUGGCAUCAAGAUCUAACCAACAUGGCGGGAUUGGAAGGUAUCGUGACUUUGCCGGUUGCAGAGACAACAGAAGCCAUGCUUUUUUCACAAGUUAUCAGGAACAGGCCCAUGCAUCCACCGACGCAUCUCGAGAUCUUAGCAGCCAGAUGAUGCUGGGGAUACCUGGCGACCUCCUCACCCGGACUCACCCUUAUGGCCAAACUAUCAGCCCCAAGGGAAACAGCCAGCAACUUGUCACACAGUUCCUGGGUCUGUACAAACCCCUGAACAUGGCAAUCCAGCGAGGAGGAGGCGACGCUUUCCUCAGGUGCUCUAAACAAAUAGUCAAGCAUGAGCUGGUGUGCAAAUGGAGUGACGGCCAAGAGGGGGCUGGGAAGCUGCCCUGCUCCAGAUCUUUCGGGACUAUGUAUGAACUUGUCACCCAUGUGACAGUAGAGCAUGUCGGAGGACCUGAGCACUCUGAAUACGUGUGUCACUGGGAGAACUGUGCCAGGGACAGGAAGCCUUUCAAAGCCAAAUACAAGCUGGUGAACCACGUCAGGGUCCACACAGGGGAAAAGCCCUUCCCCUGCCCUUUUCACGGCUGUGAGAAAGUUUUUGCAAGAUCAGAAAAUCUAAAGAUUCACAAGAGGACUCACACAGGUGAAAAACCUUUUAAAUGUGAGUUCGAGGGCUGCAGCCGGAGGUUUGCGAACAGCAGCGACAGAAAGAAGCAUUCUCACGUGCACUCCAAUGACAAACCCUACAUGUGCAAGGUCAGGGGCUGCGACAAGUGUUACACCCACCCAAGCUCCCUGCGAAAGCAUAUGAAGCUCCACUGCAACAAGGCCCACGUCGCCAAAAGCGGCGACGCGCGUCUUGGUGACGAGGGUCACAUCGCGCACACCAGGUCAAACGAUGGAGCCCAGAUCAGCCCCCCUCACCCCCCCACCUCAACUCAAGAUGUGCCUCAGUCCCCAGAGAGUCGAGACGAGUCGACCCCAAGGUCACGUUUCCAUCACGCUUUUGACAGCAGUUUGGACUACUCCACACACAGGUCACAGCCCCUCUUGGACCCUUUGUUGCUACAGAGAGGCAGCUACAGGUCCCAGUCCUCCCAGUACCCCUGCAGCCAGACAGGUCACACUUUCGGCCAGAGCUCAAGGACUUUCCCCUCCACUUCACCUUCUCGCGUCAGUGGUUAA